UUAGUUAUGCCAAACAUGGAGAACAGUCCAACUCAGGAAGAGAUCAACCGUCUGUAUUAUUUAGAACGCGUUAUUAAAGAAACUUUGAGACUAGUUCCCACAAUUCCCUUCAUUUUGCGAUAUGUCGACGAAGACAUUAAAUGCGAUCCUUACAUUUUCCCUGCCGGGUCUAACAUUGUCGUUCCUCUAGUGCUACUACACAAAAAUCCGGAUGUGUGGCCCGAACCGGAAAAAUUUGAUCCAGAUCGGUUUCUUUCUAAUGAAGUUGCAAAAAGGCAUCGUUGUUCCUACAUUCCUUUCAGUUUUGGUGCCAGAAACUGUAUAGGUCUAAGAUUUGGUAUGAUGGAGGUGAAAAUAAUGGUUGCGACGAUUCUGAGGAACUUCAAAGUACGAACUGUUGGUAUGAAAUCAUGGAAGGACAUCCAGUGGGAGUAUAUGGUUAUGCUGAAGGUUAAAAAUAGUCGUUUACGUUUCGAAAAAAGAAAAUUUUGA